AGAAGGUAUAACAGUGCUUCAUAAGCUGUCGUGUUGACUAAAUUAGAUUAAGCCAGUGUGUUGUGCAAUAUGGGUGUAAACUUAAAAGAUGAAGAAGAAGUGAAGCAAUACUUACAUAAUUUAGGUAUUGAAUAUCGUUUUGGUUGCUAUCAAGAAAAGAAACCAGAGGUAUGUCAUUUGUUGGGGGAUUACUUAGAAGCCAUCAAGAAGGAUUUUGAUAAAGCAGCGAAAGUGUAUAAAACUAACUGUGAUGACUAUAAUUUUGGUAAAAGCUGUCAGAAAUUUGGAAAUUAUUCAUUUGUUGGGAAGGGAAACACCACUAAAGAUACAGAAGUAGCAUUUAAGUAUUAUAAAAAGGCAUGUGACCUGGGUGAAACCAAAGCUUGCUUUAAUGUUGGCGUUUUAAACAUUCUAGAUACUAAAAACAGCAGGAAAGAGAAGGACUAUGCUUUAGGGGUAGCUUCACUACGCAAAUGUUGUGAUGAUAACGACGCGCACUGUUGCUUUUAUGUCAGCACUAUGUUUUUACAGGGUCUGAAAAAUGGUUUCAUUGAGAAGGAUAUGGCUAAAGCUUAUUCAUUUUCAUUAAAAGCUUGUGAUCUAGGUAGCAUGCAGGCCUGUGCAAAUGUAAGUCAGAUGUAUCGGAGGGGUGAUGGUGUUGACAAAAAUGAAGAUUUAGCCGAGAAAUAUAAGAAAAAAGCACUGGAAUUGCAGCAACAGACAUUCAAACAGCAGCAGCUGGAGUUUCAGCAAGGGACAAAGCCUGUGUAAUUGAAUGUAAUGUACAAGCAAAGCAGAUAUUUAUUAAAAUUAAGUACAUACCUAAUAAAUAGGCAUGCUGUUUCAAAACUUCCUAGCUGGACAUUGUAGCACCUGUGUGAUUGGGUGCAUAUUGCUGGGCAGAAUAAAACACAGAAUUACUUUUGGAAUAUGCAUUAAAAAUCGGCUACUCAUGCUUAUGGCAAUUUGAGAUGGACAGACAAUAAUUGUCAAUAGAUACUAUUCUUAUCACAAUAUAUUAUCAGCUCUUUGUAGUUUCAUAAAAACAAACUGAAUGUAAAACAUUUGUAUUGCCUUGAAAAUGUGGAUUACUCACUCUGGUGAAUUUCUUUUGGGUUUCAGUAAGACUGUAGGAAACACAGUACAGCAACAACAGGACACAUCUGUCUAGUGUACUAAUAAUUGAGCAUAUUUGUUCUGUGUUGACUGAGUAACUAUUGUCAACAGAGCAUUAUUCUAGACUGUCAUGUAUAAGAUCUCUCUUUACACAUCUGAAUAUCAAAAACGGAUUAUUUUUAUGUUGGUGGCAAAAAGAACAGAAAAAUGGCUAGACCACAUGUAUUAGUAUGUCAAUGGAGGGUUAGGUAUUGGAUCUUGGUAGUGAGUGUAUUUUUACUUAUGAUGCAGAAAAAUGUUUGUUUUGUUGCUGAAUGAUAGUUACAGGCUGUCUACAUCCACAGGUACACCAGUAGCCCUUGCAACUGAGAAUCUUUGUAUAUCACUGCCAUACAUUGAGGCAUGGUAUGUUAUUGCCCUUGCUAAUUUCUCACAAGUGUUGAAAUGUUUUGCUCAGUCUUAGCAGUUUGUAUCCCAUAUCACAAUGCAUUUGUACAAUUUUAAUAGUGCUUUACUUUUUUAUUAUUAUUUUAUCAAAUUGCCAUAUUCAAGUGGUUCACAUACUUUUCUUUUGUCUAUUAACAUAUUAUUUUGUCUCUUUGAAGCAGUCUGCUGCACUUACAGAGGAAGCUUUAAAUAUGCAUUUUGUAGUGAAUCUAUCAUUCUAGUUUUGGAUAAUAUCAUAUUACAUUUACCUCCACCGCCAUUUGUUUCAAAUUAUAUGUUGAUAUUUUUCUCAGAAAAGUUGUUAUAUUAAUUAUUAACAUUUGGACAUACUGUAGGCCUACAUAAAUUGAUUGCCUUUUUUGUGCAUUUUUGGUUUGGUCUGUAAUGGCUUCAAACUCUGAAGUCCAAUUUCAGGAAAGAUGUGGUUUACAUUCAACUCUGUGGUUAUUAAUGGGAUUUAAUUUUCUAUUGGUCUCUGAACUUUUUGGAAUUAACAAAAUAGUUAUAGAGGAAGUAGUAUAUUAAUUAAAUAAUAAUUAUGGUAGUUGAUGUUUGAGAGAUUAAAAUUUUGUCAUUAGUCACUUUGAAUGAAAACAUCACCACCAUUCAACUUCACUUCUUGAGGGAGGUAGCAUGCCUAUUUUACGUGCCAUUGACAGAAGAGUCCUGUCCAAAUCAAUUAGAAUGUUAUUGAAGAGAAUAUUAGUUUCACUGAAAGUAUUCGCAGUAUAUUGAAUGGUAACUGCAUUUUUCCAUAAUUUCAUUUUAGAUUGAUUGCAGGCUAUCUUUAGAACAUUUUUUCCUCUUUCAUGAUACUUUGCAAUUAGAUAACUGUUAUCCUUUACCUGUAAAAGAUGUAAGGGUGUUUGUUUAGAGUAUGUUGACAAGAGUGUUUGUUUAAAGUAUGUUGACCAUACAACUUGUUCUUUGCUGUUGGAAACAUGUAAUUUGUUGUAUUGAGCUGUGUUUACAUUUCAUGUGUUAGUCCAAAGCAGUCUGUAUUUUCUACACUAUCAAAGAUAGUUGUGUAUGAAAUUAGAAUACAAUAAAUCUAUAAAAGCACCAUUUCACUAGCAGGCAGCAGUAUCAGAUGUACAAAAUGGUGAAGCCACACGAGCUUUCUGAAUCCACUUUUCUUAGAUCUGAAAAAAAAGGGGCGAGGUGAGAAAAUGUGAUUAGGAGCUUUUGAAGACUAAGGAGAAAAACUUCCAGGAGCAUGGAUUGAGAAACUGACGGUGGGCAGGAAGAAAUGAAAUUUGUCAGUAAAAUGCCAACAAAACAUUAUAUUUGAAUAUAUAAAAAGCUAAAAAUGAGAGAGAAGGUAAUUAGAAAAUCAAGAUUGGAUGUUAUGGGGGACACAUGUUUAUUGAAUUAUGGCAGGCAAGAACAAAAGAAGAUAUUGACAGCAUUCUUUGUGCAAAAAGUUCUGUGUUUGUCAAUGUAGUAGACUUUGGUUAAAACUUGUUCAUUCUUAUUAGCAGUGGCCCACUUCUUGUCUUCUCUUCCCUAUGUUUUUCUCAGUGUGGGAGCAGCACACUUCAAAAGCAUGCAGGAGUGAGGACAUUUGCGUAUACCUGUUGAUCUGAGAUCAGUGUUUUAAAUUUUUUUAUUUUUUUAUUUUUAUUUAGAGAUUACAUUACCAUAAUGGGGCGACACUCACUGCAGGCUUUGAUUGUAGUUGUACAUUUACAUCCUGCAAAAACUAGUGAAGUGCUUGUCAGAGGGUGCUUAUAGUUUGUUAAAUAUUCCAACUAACUGUCAGUCAAUAUGUCAUUAAUAAUGGCAUUGACAUAAUCAACAGUUAAACUGGAGAUUGGCUUUAAGUUUUCUCACUUUAGGCUAAUUUCAAAUUAUUUAUUUCUUGAUGACUACAGAUUUAUGAUGCUGUUUUGUCUGAGCUGAUUGUUAUUUGAAUCAUUUCACUGUGACAGCGGACAGAGCUUACAGAUUGUGUGAUAACUGUAAUUGUAUUGAUAUGCCUAAAAUUUGUUGCGAAGACUAAUAGACUUAUUAACUUCUUGACUUCCAUUUCUGUAUUAUUUGAUUCUUACUCUUAUAUAAAUUUCUUACACUUAUGUUAUUAUUAUAACAUUAAACUGCUGAUUUCUGUUGUAUUUGUUCUGUCCUGUGAGUUUUUCUUCUGGGACUCUAUUUGUACCAUAUCUGUGAGGGGCUGAUGGGAAUGUGUUACCUGUAUGUUCCAGUGCUGAUUUAGCUAGCAUAAUUUUGAAGCAGGAAAUAAAAUGUAAUGAAAGGACACGCCAUUCAAAAUGACCUAUGUAAAUGUAUAUUUAUAUAACUACCAAAAAUUGUGGGUUGCUGUUCACUUGUUGUUAUACAUGAGAAUAUACUUUUUUAGUCAGAAGAUUUAUGUUUUUGGAAUAAAGAUCAUUCACAAAAGGAA